AUGACGGGUCGAUAUUGGCGCAUUAUCCGACAUCUUAUUGAAACUCCACAUUCUACAUCUUUCGCGAAACAACCACUUCUUUCAACCAUCCCACUCACCUAUGGUAAUUUAGAGAAGCAGCAAGAGCACCGAUGCACCGUCAGCAGCCUAGAAACUUCCUACUUCGCCCUGAGCCUUUGGAGACCGUUACCGGCCAACCACCGGAUGGAGAACAUCUGCCGUUGUUCACACCGCUCAGAAAGAUUUGUGGAUUGGUUGUUAAGCGAUAGGAUUCCUCUUGUUCCUAUCUGUCAAUAUUUCAAUAGCUAUAUUCAACCCCAAGAUGCAGAAUCUGUCAACUACUAG